GAUGCAACGCCAAGAGUUCUUUCGUUGUUAACUGUGAAUGUAUUUUUAAUAAUGAAGAAGCAUUGCAUUACGCUCGUGUAGUUUUAACGAGAACAAACUCCAACGCUGUAAAAAGACCGAGUGUUUCAGUGGCUGUUAAACUCUCAGCCGCUCCAGCAGCAGCUGGGAGCUCCCGAGCAGAAGGAAGAAACAGGGGGGAUGUCGCGCGGUGAGCUGGAAAAGCUGGACCCGGCCGUAUUCCAGAAGCAGUUGCACCAUCUGAAAUUUAGCAUGGAAGAAGAAGAAGAAGGGGAUUGUGACAUGUGCACUGACUCAGACGACAAGACGGAUGCUACCAACUGUAAAGUCAAAUGGACUCAGGAAGAGGAUGAAAAUCUAAAAAUCCUGAUCAGCAACUUGGGGAAGAAAGAUUGGAAAAACAUAGCCAGUUUUUUACCGGGACGGACGGAUUUACAGUGUUCGCACCGCUGGAUAAAGCACCUGGAUCCUAAUUUAGUCAAGGGCUUCUGGUCCAAAGAGGAAGAUGAAAAGAUAUCAGAGCUGGUGGACAAGUACGGCACCAAAAACUGGUCCUUGAUCGCAAGGCAACUGAAAGGACGGCUGGGGAAACAAUGUCGUGAGCGCUGGCACAACCAGCUCGACCCACUGGUCAAAAAGAGUUCCUGGACCAAUGAAGAAGACCUCAUCAUCUUCAAAGCCCACGCCAUUCUGGGAAACCGGUGGGCUGAGAUUGCCAGGCUGCUCCCUGGAAGGACUGACAAUUCUGUGAAAAAUCACUGGAACUGUACCAUCAAGCGUAAAGCAGAGUUGGGCUUGUACAAAGAUGACGAUGACAGCAUUUCCCUUGAUAUUCAACAGUUUGUUGAAGGAGAGGUGGACUUCAAGUGUGACGUGGUAUUAGACACUGAACCAGUAACUCCUAAAGUGGUCAGGCCGGUGAAAGAAAAGAAGCCGGUAUCGCAGAAAGUCAAACAGAAUACGGCCGCUUUGCUUCAUCAGACUUCAGCGUCCAUGAGUCCCUCCUUGCCCCGCAGUUCCAGUUCCAGUCCGAGCUCGAGCUCCGGCGCUGCACCAGCAUCUGCGUUGGUGGACCAGAAAAGGUUUACCAAUGCGGCACUGAGGAUGAUCGCUGAAGACAUGCUGCCACUCAGUUUUGUUGAAGGCGCAGGCUUUCGGUCAUUCAUGAGUACCAUCAGUCCUGAAUGCAACAAGCUAUCCCAACGUGGCGUGGGCCUCCAGCUCUAUGAUGAAGUGGAGAGAACCAUCAAGCCUCAGCUCAUCCGUGACCUUAAAGCCUGCCUCGCCAAAACCAAAGAUGGACAGAGUGCUAUUCAUGUCACGCUUGACCUCUGGGCAGGGAAUCAAUCUCAUCCAGUGGAGGAGCCCAUUGUCGUUGUGCAACUCCAUUUUGUCAGUGAUUCCUGGCAGAUACGCCGUCCUAUUGUAGCCUUCCGCCACCUCAGCCACCAAAACCUGAGCACAACUGUGGCAACGGAGCUUGAAGGUGUGCUCCUGAGCUACGGCAUCUUUCCUCCCAACAUCGGCUAUGUGCUCGUCAACCAAGCCAAAGAAGCCCUGGCCGUCAACAACUUGUUCUGCGACUACAAGAUCAUGUGCUCAUCCAACCGGGGAGAACCUGAUGGAGAAGAGAUGGUGGCAUUUCUGUCAGACCAGAUGUCUGAAACAGAGUCCCCCUUUUCAGAGCUGCAGAUCGGAACUCGAGCCGCCUGUGUCGCUCACACACUGCAGCUUGUGAUUAAGGAGGCGCUGAAGAACUCCAGGGUCGUGGAAAACCUGCUCUCGCAGGUCCAUAACGUGGUGGCUUUUUUUCGGAGCAGUGCCUACUGGAGCGAGGUCUUGUUGAAGGAGUGCAACGUUUCCCUGUGCCCUUCCUCCAAUAACUGUCGCUGGAACUCCAUGAUGCUAUCUUUACGGCGCAUGGUGCAGGAGUCCGCCUGGAGCGCCAUCAUGACCCUCUUGGCUCAGGCCCGCAUCGAUGCCAACGACGCAGCCAGUGCCCCGCCUCUAGUCAUGGCCAAGAGGGAGCAAGUGAUUGACAUCCUGGGUCUUCUUGAGCCCUUUGAGGAGGCCUUGCAGGUACUGCAAGGAAAUGGAGUGACCGUCUCUUUCAUCACUCCAUCCAUUAUUGGCCUUGAUAAGACAUUGGAGAGCAUUGUUACCAACUACACCCACUUCAACAAGGCGCUGCGCACAGGCAUCCACACACAUUUUCAGUCCCUCAUUCACCAGAAAGACAUGAUAUUAGCUGCUGUGCUCGACCCCAGGAUCAAACUUCAGCCGUUUCCUGAUGUCAAACUGGAGGACCAGACGGAUUUCCUAACUCCCCUGUCAAAGUAUCAGGCUCGCACCAUCGUGGAAGCCACACUAGAAAGCAUGGAGGCUUCGGCAGCUCCCUCUGUGGAGGCAGAUAAAGACCAGAUGAGCAAAGAGUUGAAAAAGGAGCAAGAUAUCAAAGAGGAGAGUCAAGACGACACAAAGAUGGAGGCAUCUGAUAACGGCUCGGAUGACGCCAACUCCGGCAGAGUCGGGGAGAAUGAUCUCAAGCGCAAGUCCAUCUUUAACUUCCUGCAGCCACCUGCAAAGACAAUGAAGAGAGCCGAGCUUGACGUGUACCUAUCCGAACCACUGUGGGAAAGCAACACCAGUUUGUUGUACUGGAAAUCUGCAACUCGGUUCCCCCUGCUCCAGGGCAUUGCCAAGAAGCUGCUGGCAGUGCCAGCCACCUCAGGGGGCUUCGAGCACCUGUGUCCGAUAGCGGCGUGUAUCGUGAAAGCCAAGAGGAACCGCCUGCCCCCUCACGCCACAGAGAGGCUGCUGCUAUACAAAAACUCUUUAAAGACAAAGACUGUUAAAAAGCCCAAUGGGGUUGCUAAACACUGACCGGUUAAGUGACUUUGCUGUGGUUAUUGUGUGUCCCCCCCCCCGCCGAACCUACACUUUUGCUUCUUCAUACAUCAUCCUAUGCUACACAGUUGUAUUUUGCAAUGAAAGUGCUGCACAGCUUUAACAUCAGCAUGUCAGCAGAAAUGUAUUAUUUAUUGCUGUACACUUUGGAUGUUAAGUCAGAUUGCGAGUGUAUGACUAGGUUCUUCAUGGGUUAAGUGACUAAUGUUUUCUGUUUUCUUUCUUUUUAAUUUAUUUGUUUCUGUGGUCUCCAGUAGAUAUACUGUGUAUUAGUCACUGGGUAGUAAACUGAAUGAGAGACUGUCCUUUUCCUCUCUAAAAUGUUUAUUAUCUUCGUCAUUGGCAUUUUAAAAAAUAAGUUAUGAUCAGCGAUACUUUUAAGGUGUUGCAGUAAGACGUUUUCUCAAGUGUCUUGAUUAACUGUCUAAUGUCUGAUGGGGCUGGAUGGGAAACAAACCAGUUCACAUUGAAUGACAGUUAAGUGGUUUUAAUGCAGUGAUGAGGGCAAAGUGAACCUGUCAACUUUGCCCGCGCCACAUGGGAAUGAACUUGUAUUAAAGAGUAAAACUAUUUUA